AUGAAACGCCUGUUUCUAAAAGUUUUGCUCUUCAGUUUUAUUCUGUUUUAUCCGAUAGAUAGUAAAGGAUCGAGUAGUUCAAGUCGUGGAUCAAGUGGAUCCAGAGGUGGUGGAUCCUCGGGAGGAUCUUUUUCUUCAUCAUAUACUUCAUAUGGAUAUUCAUCUGGAUCGAGUGGUGGAGGUGACGUAGGAAGUGUUAUACUCACAUUGCUCUUAAUAGUCGCAGUCUGUAUUUUUGUUUGCGUUUUAACUUAUUGCACUAAAGCAUGCGAUGAAAACAAGCAUUCCGAUGAAAAGCCAAACAUUCCAAACCCAAAAGUCGUCUAUCCUCCCUAUCCGCCUGUGGUUCAAGAUUCCAAAGUGUGA